CACUAAUCUCAUGACUCGUUGCUCCCUCGAGGGCCGGUAGCGCAAAAAGGCAGACUGGUCUCACGACGCUGUCCCUAUCCGCCUGACACCAUUGUUAUCUCAGACCUGCUACUCCGGCUCCCGCUCCUCCUUCCCCAAUGGAGCCUCUGGUACAUCGAGGCCAUCACCGUUUCCCUCGUCCAUUUGCUCCAGGCAGUAGGAAUAGAAACAGAAGCAUUACAGAGCCGACAUGGGUAGGGCUCCAAUUUUCUCGAGACGUCAACAUUCGCUUCUCGAGCAAGUGGGCAGAGAGGCUUUUUGGAGAUUUUCAGUUCGUUCCCGCGGAGGCACCGGAGGAUUCUCCUUCCAAUCUCUCAUUUGUUUCGCUUCUCCCGCCGUUGGCUCCUGAGCGGACGCUUGUCCUCCCCAUAGACUUCUAUCAGGUUUUGGGAGCAGAGACUCAUUUCUUGUCAGAUGGAAUCAGGAGAAGCUAUGAAGCUAAGGUUUCUAGGCCGCCACAAGAUGGGUUUAGUCAGGAGGCCCUGUUGGGGAGGAGGAAGAUCCUGCAGGCUGCUUGUGAGACGCUGGUGAACCCUCGAUUGAGGGAAGAGUACAAUCAAGGGCUCGUGGAAGAUGAGAACUAUACAUUGGCAGUUGAACUGCCAUGGGAUAAGGUCCCCGGAGCUCUGUGCCUGCUACAGGAAGUUGGGGAAAAUGAAGUGGUCAUUCAGAUUGGGCAAAACCUGUUAGCAGAAAGACUGCCAAAGCCUUUUAAACAAGAUAUUGUGCUGGCAAUGGCACUGGCUUUUGUGGAUUUAUCAAGGGAUGCAAUGGCGUUGUCUCCUCCAGACAUCAUUAAAGGCUGCGAGUUGCUGGAAAGGGCUUUAAAACUUUUACAGGAGGAAGGAGCAAGCAGUCUUGCACCUGAUCUCCGUACUCAAAUUGAUGAGACACUUGAGGAGAUAACCCCACGUUGUGUUCUGGAGCUUCUGGCUUUGCCACUUGAUGAAGAGUAUCGGACCAAAAGGGAAGAAGGUCUUAAUGGUGUGCGGAAUAUUCUGUGGACUGUUGGAGGUGGAGGUGCUGUGGCAAUUGCUGGAGGGUUCACAAGGGAAGACUUUAUGAGCCAAGCCUUGUCACUUAUGACAUCAGAUGAGCAGGUAAAUUUAUUUGUGGCAACACCUAGCCAUAUACCUGCCGAGAGUUUUGAAGUAUACGGUGUUGCACUUGCUCUUGUAGCCCAAGCUUUCACUGGCAAGAAGCCUCAUCUGAUCCAGCAGGCAGAUAAGUUGUUUCAGCAACUGCAACAGACUAAAUCUGUCACUGACCCCCAAGCUGUCAAAGACAGUGAGAUUGACUUUUCCCUUGAACGUGGACUCUGUUCACUACUUACGGGGGAGCUAGAUGACUGUCGUUCAUGGUUGGGCUUAGACAAUGAUUCUUCACCAUACAGAGACCAAUCUGUUAUCGAAUUUGUCAUGGAAAAUUCACAGGAUAGUGGAGACGAUGACAUCCUUCCUGGGCUAUGCAAAUUAUUGGAAAGCUGGUUGAUGGAGAUUGUGUUCCCAAGAUUUAGGGAUACAAAAGAUGUAAAUUUCAAGCUUGGUGACUACUAUGAUGAUCCUAUAGUUUUAAAAUAUUUGGAGAGGCAUGAGGGGGAAGGAAGAUCACCAUUGGCUGCGGCUGCUGCCAUUGUGAGAAUUGGAGCUGAGGCUUCAGCAGCACUUGAUAAUGUAAAAACAAGUGCCAUUCAGGCAUUGCAUAAGGUGUUUCCACUGAGAAGUAGAGAAGAGGAGAUGGAAAAAGAGAGUGGUGCCAAUGCUUCUGUGGUAGAAAGCGUGCUUGUGGAAGAGCAUGAUAGAACUAUUCUUGAACAUUCACCUGAAGUUGCUGAGCAGAACUUCGAUGACUACAAGGAGUCAACAGCAUCAAUUUCGAAUGACAUAAAAGAUGCUACCGUGAAAAUCCUGUGUGCUGGAGUGCUGGUUGGCUUUCUAGCAGUGGCAGGAUUGAAACAAGUGCCUGGUAGAUCCGUAUCACAUCCUGCUAAGAAAGACGCAGGUUCAGCAUUGGCUGCAGAUGUCAUUGGUCUGGAUGAUGAUACUUCGGCCAUGGACAUUCCAAGAAUGGAUGCAAGAUUAGCUGAAAGCAUUGUCCGAAAGUGGCAGGGAAUCAAAUCGCAAGCUCUUGGACUUGAGCAUGCACUUUCGAGCUUGCCUGAGGUUUUAGAUGGUCAGAUGUUAAGAAUAUGGAGAGAUCGUGCAUCUGAGAUUGCCCAGAAUGGCUGGUAUUGGGAAUACACCUUGUUGGGGCUAACGAUUGAUAGUGUCACCAUCUCCAUGGAUGGGAGGAGAGCUAUAGUGGAAGCAACACUUGAGGAAUCGGCACGGUUAACUGACAACACCAAUGCCGAGCACAAUGAUUCACGCAUUGCCACUUACACCACCAGGUACGAGAUGAGUUUCGCGAAGGGAGGAUGGAAAAUAACGGAAGGCGCAGUUCUUCAAUCUUAAUAUGUAUCUGUGUCCAUCUAUUUUCUGUUCAGUGUUGUUUUGGCCUUUUGGCUUCUCUCUCUCUCUCUCUCAUAUUGAUAAAGUAAGUGGUUUUUAAAAUUAAGAGGGUUCCACGUUAA